AUGACCAAGGUCUUAAUUGACCAUGGCGCGCCACCCAGCAUUCCUCUCAGCGAGCUCCCUUAUCAAUCCUACACUGAAGACCCCAAAUGGCAGAUGCGCUUCACAGCGAUGUGGCUUUCGGCUUUGGGAGCAUGUGUUGUUCUAGCUCUAAUCCACGGUUCUCUGAGGUUACCAAAUAUCCGCGAUGCAUUCAAGGGUUUUCUUGGUAUCCGAGUAAGAGGGCUAUACGAGACUGUGCCAUGCUGUCUGGACGGAGACUUUCCUGAGAAACGGCCAGUGAUCGAAAGUCGGCCAACCCCGAUAUUCGUUCGCAUUGGUCGGACAAUUGGUGGUCUUCGUCUAUGGAGUGCACCUGGGAUCCCUCUGAAUGUGGGGCAGAUGUUCGUCAUUGCGGGCUAUGCGGCAUUCGUUAUGACCUGCAUCGUCAUCAGAGUACCACUUCAAGAGAAUCCCAACCGCGCCGGCUUCAUCGCCUUGGCCUCACUCCCACCUGUCUUCCUCUUUGCGGCCAAAAACAGUCCACUGACAAAUCUGCUUCUUGGUCCCGGAGUCGACUACACAAAGCUCAACUAUAUCCAUCGCUGGGCUGGUCGGUUUCUCUUCAUCGGGGCGCUCGUUCACGGGUCCCUCUGGAUCAGAAACCAUGUAGCCUACGGUCUUCCCAUCCUCGCGCAGCAGAAGGAAAGCUCCGGCAUUGCUGCAUUUGGUGUCCUUGGCAUCAUCAUGAUAUCGACCAUUGCGCCGUUACGUCGAUACAGCUAUUCCGCAUUCCUGGUCAUCCACUACUUGACAUUUCCUGCCUUUUUUGUCACCAUCUGCUAUCACACUAUAUACGCACGCCCAUGGAUUUUCCCGCCCCUUGCAUUCUAUGGAGCCGAUCUACUUCUCAGGUUCCUCCGAUGGAGAGUCGUGGUUGGUCGCGUUGAAGCUAAGGGCCAAGGCAGCGCAGCCAUGAGCUUGAUUCACGUUCCUCUUGCCGCAAAUGGCUGGAAAGCAGGCCAGCAUGUCCAAGUUCGUGCAAUGUUUGGCGGACGAGCGUGGGAGUCGCAUCCUCUGAGCAUUUGCUGUGCUGUUCCCGGGGAAAGCUGCUUAACCACACCAGACGGCGCGCCGAUUGGAAUGCUUCUUGCUGCGAGAGCAUGUGGUGAUUGGAGUCGGAGCUUACAUAGCUGGGCGCAAAACCCAGACUCCAUAUUUGUGAAUGGCGAACAACAGUCUUCAACUACGGAGGACAACGCCCAGCGAGUUGACGAUGAACUGACCGGCCGUGACGCACAUCUUAUUCUCGAAGGCCCUUAUGGUGGACCAACACUGAAUCCCGACGACUUCGAGAGUGUACUGAUGUUUGCGGGCGGCAGUGGGGCAACUUUCACGCUUGGCGUUCUAGACGCUCUAGUCGCCCGCAGUGUUCCACUGGGAAAUCCAACCGAUGCCCAACCCAAGACCACACGUGUGGUUUGGUGUUGGUGUGUCCGCUCAUUUGGCGCCAUCAACUGGUUCGCCCCAUACCUCCUCCAGAUAGCCCGACGCGCCGCGCACAAGUCUUCUCCACUUGACCUGCGCAUCCGUAUCUUCGUCACGUGUCUCUGUGACCCCGACGCUGUUCCUCGUAUUCCGGGAUGCACGGUAACAGAGGCCCGGCCAAGCGUGAAAGACGUCCUUGCAACGCUGCUCGAUGUCAAUGUUGUCGAUGAGUUUGAUUGCUGUUCUCCUGUCGCCGGAGAUGGUGCGAGCGAAAACUUGAGCACAGAUGACCUCAAAGGCGCAAGCAUGGCAAGGACGACCAAGACCCCUGCUACCAAUGCUCUUGAUAGCGAGAAGGGUGUUGGUGGCGACAGCACCAGACACCAGCCUCAUGGCGGCGUCGCUGUGUUUGCUGCGGGGCCUGGUGGCUUAAUACGAGAGGCUGGUAAUGCAGUUGCCAGUGCGAACCUGAGCGCGGUCGGAAUGAGAGCGGGUGGCGUCUCGUUCUGCGCGGAAGCUUUUACCGUGUAA